AUGUGGCUGGCAACUUCAGGGAAGAAUGGUUUACCUGGAUGCUGCUUAGAGAAUUCUCUCCGUGGAUGCCACCCAACACAGUUAGAAGAAUGGGCUUUCAAAAGGUUUUCUAACCCAAGUAUCACCUCUCAGCUAGAGCAGAAAGAAGAAUCGUGGGUACUACAACUCCAAAAUUUUGAGGAGACAAAUAUCCUAAGGGAAAGUCACACAGACUUUGAGAACCAGGUGGCAAAACUCAAUCAGGACAUUUCUGAAACAGCAGAACAACGUGGAACAUCCUCAGAAAGGGCCAAUAAAAAUAUUCCUUAUUCUCCUAGUUGGGGAAGAAACUGGGAAAGGGACCUUGAAUUAGAAGGACAACAUGGAACUCUUCUAGGAGAGGGCCAGCAGGAACUCUUUUCACAGGAGAGGGAUUUAAACAAGCUCUUGGAUGAAUAUGUAGGAAAGAAGCCUGUGUGUGCAGAAUGUGGAAAAAGCUUUAACCAGAGUUCCUAUCUCGUAAGACACCUGAGAACCCAUACUGGUGAGCGGCCUUAUAAAUGCACUGAGUGUGGGAAAGGCUUCAAACAGAGUUCAGACCUUGUCACCCACCGCAGAAUACACACAGGAGAGAAACCCUACAAAUGCACUGGGUGUGAGAAAAAAUUCAGCGACAGCUCGACACUCAUCAAACAUCAGAGAACCCAUACAGGUGAGAGACCCUAUGAGUGCCCAGAGUGUGGAAAGACUUUUGUACGGAAGCCACACCUCAUAAUGCACCAAAGAACCCACACGGGAGAGAAGCCCUACACAUGCCUCGAAUGUCAUAAGAGCUUUAGUCGGAGCUCAAAUUUUGUCACCCACCAGAGGACCCACACAGGAGUGAAGCCUUACAGAUGUAAUGACUGUGGGGAGAGUUUUAGCCAGAGCUCGGAUUUGAUUAAGCACCAAAGAACUCACACAGGAGAACGGCCCUUUAAGUGCCCAGAGUGUGAGAAGGGCUUUCGAGAUAGUUCUCAUUUUGUGGCUCAUAUGAGCACGCACUCAGGAGACAGGGCUUUCAGUUGUCCUGACUGCCAUAAAAGUUUCAGUCAGAGCUCACAUCUGGUCACACACCAGAGAACACACACAGGUGAGCGACCUUUUAAGUGUGAUGACUGUGGGAAAAGAUUCACUGACAGCUCUGCCCUCAUUAAGCACCAACGGAUCCACACAGGAGAAAGACCCUAUAAAUGUGGCCAGUGUGGGAAGAGCUUCAAUCAGAGCUCCCACUUCAUUACUCACCAACGAAUCCACUUAGGAGACAGACCCUAUCAGUGUCCUGAGUGUGGCAAAACCUUUAAUCAGCGUUCCCAUUUUCUCACACACCAAAGAACACAUACAGGAGAAAAACCUUUUCACUGUAAUAAAUGUGACAAGAGCUUCCGUCAGAAAGCACAUCUUUUAUGCCAUCAAAACACCCAUUUAAUUUAG